CGGUAAAUUGUUCACUAGCUAAUGUCUGAUUAUUUUUUUUCUUUUAAACCACGUUGGAGAUAUUUUUCCUGUCUUCUUAAGAAUAUUUUUUUUUAAUUGUAAAUUCAAUUAAAAACCAUGGCUGUUGGCAAGAACAAAGGGCUUUCUAAAGGUGGCAAAAAAGGAUUAAAAAAAAAAAUCGUUGAUCCAUUUACACGUAAAGAUUGGUACAAUAUCCGAGCUCCGUGCAUGUUCACCAACCGUGAUGUAGGCAAAACAUUGGUUAAUCGUACUCAGGGCACAAAAAUUGCAUCUGAAGGAUUGAAACACCGUGUUUUUGAAGUUUCAUUAGCUGACUUACAAGAAGAUGAUGGAGCUGAAAGGAGUUUCCGUAAAUUUAAGCUAAUUGCUGAAGAUGUUAAAGGAAGAAAUGUUCUUACUAAUUUCCAUGGCAUGGAUCUUACCACUGAUAAGUUACGUUCAAUGGUAAAGAAGUGGCAAACAUUAAUUGAAGCUAAUGUUGAUGUGAAAACUACUGAUGGUUAUUUAUUGCGUGUGUUCUGUAUUGGAUUUACUUCCAAAGAUCAGUUGUCUACCAGAAAAACAUGUUAUGCUCAACAUACUCAGGUCAGAGCUAUUAGAAAGAAGAUGGUUGAAACUAUUACUGAAGAAAUAGUUAAAUCUGAUCUUAAAGAAGUAGUAAAUAAGUUGAGACCUGAUUCUAUUGCUAAAGAAAUUGAAAAGAAAUGCCAGAGCAUCUACCCAUUACAUGAUGUCUUCAUUCGUAAGGUCAAAGUACUAAAGAAACCUCGUAUGGACAUUGGUAAAUUAAUGGAAUUCCAUAGUGAUGAAGGUGUGACCACAGUUGUUGAUGAAGAAACGGGUGUUCAAGUAGACAGGCCUGAGGGUUACGAACCACCUGUACAAGAGUCUGUUUAAUACAUGAAUUUUUAUAAAUAAAACUAUAGUUCACAUACUA